AUGGAGGACAAUCGCAAUAAGUGGAGCCCCAAAGUGUUUCUCCUCCAGCGCCCCUCCUCCCCUGUUGUCUGGCUUCUUUUCACCAGGCCCAAUAAGGAGAAGGCCAUGACUCCCCAGCCAGCAGGGCCCACCAGUAAGUUGGCCCAGUACUCUACACUGCAGCACUCCUUCCUUACGGACGUCUCUGAUGUGAGAGAGAUGGAGGGAGGCCUCCUCAACCUGCUCAAUGACUUCCACUCCAUAAAAUUGCAGGCUUUUGGGAAGGUGUGCUCCUUUGAGCAACUGGGGCACAUGCGUGAGAUACAAGAGAAGCUUGCAUGGCUACAUUUCAGUCUGGACAGUCAUGUGGAGGAGAUGUUAGAGGACCAGCGGAAUUGUACCUCCGACCACAACCUGGAGCACCUGCUCUACAACAUAAGCACCACUGCAGCAGUUACUGAGUCCAAGGUGCUAAAGGAGCUCCUUAAACUUGACCCUCAAAUAUUAUUUGGUUCAGAAGGUUUAGACCCUUUCUUCUUUAAGAUUGCGGCCCCUAGCAUCGACAAUGUCACGUUCUGA